AUGAACUGGUUAUCUUUCGGAAAUCCUGUAAUGGGUAAAGAGAAGUUCCACAUCAACAUUGUGGUCAUUGGCCAUGUCGACUCUGGUAAGUCGACUACCACUGGUCACUUGAUCUACAAGCUUGGUGGUAUCGACAAGCGUGUUAUCGAGAGGUUUGAGAAGGAAGCUGCUGAGAUGAACAAGAGGUCAUUCAAGUAUGCCUGGGUGCUGGACAAGCUCAAGGCUGAGCGUGAACGUGGUAUUACAAUUGAUAUUGCCUUGUGGAAGUUUGAGACCACCAAGUACUACUGCACUGUUAUUGAUGCUCCUGGACAUCGUGACUUUAUCAAGAACAUGAUUACUGGCACCUCCCAGGCUGACUGUGCCAUCCUCAUUAUUGACUCCACCACUGGUGGUUUUGAAGCCGGUAUUUCCAAGGAUGGUCAGACCCGAGAGCAUGCUUUACUUGCUUUUACUCUUGGUGUGAGGCAGAUGAUUUGCUGCUGUAACAAGAUGGAUGCCACCACUCCCAAGUACUCAAAGGCAAGGUACGAUGAAAUUGUGAAGGAAGUCUCAUCCUAUCUCAAGAAGGUCGGGUACAACCCUGAAAAGAUCCCCUUUGUCCCCAUUUCUGGGUUCGAGGGUGACAACAUGAUUGAGAGGUCCACCAACCUUGACUGGUACAAGGGUCCCACCCUUCUUGAGGCCCUUGACUUGAUCAGUGAGCCCAAGAGACCAUCAGACAAGCCCCUUCGACUUCCACUUCAGGAUGUGUACAAGAUUGGUGGUAUUGGUACCGUCCCUGUUGGACGAGUUGAGACUGGUACCCUGAAGCCUGGUAUGGUUGUUACUUUUGCCCCCACUGGGUUGACUACUGAAGUUAAGUCUGUGGAGAUGCACCAUGAAUCUCUCGUAGAGGCCCUUCCAGGUGACAAUGUUGGAUUCAACGUGAAGAAUGUUGCUGUUAAGGAUCUCAAGCGUGGUUAUGUUGCUUCCAACUCCAAGGAUGAUCCUGCAAAGGAAGCAGCAAACUUUACAGCUCAGGUCAUCAUCAUGAACCACCCUGGCCAGAUUGGACAAGGAUAUGCUCCUGUUCUCGACUGUCACACCUCCCACAUUGCUGUUAAAUUUGCUGAGAUGUUGACAAAGAUUGACAGACGAUCUGGUAAGGAACUGGAGAAGGAGCCCAAGUUCUUGAAGAAUGGUGAUGCUGGAUUUGUGAAGAUGAUUCCCACCAAGCCCAUGGUUGUUGAGACCUUCUCUGAGUACCCCCCACUUGGACGAUUUGCUGUGAGGGACAUGCGACAGACUGUUGCCGUUGGUGUCAUCAAGAGUGUUGAGAAGAAGGAUCCAACUGGUGCCAAGAUCACUAAGGCCGCUGCUAAGAAGAAGUGA